AUGCUACUGGUCCUGAUUCUCUUGACCCUACUUCUGCCUAUUGGAGCUGGAGCAGAGGAGAUCAUCGGCGGCCAUGAGGUGAAGCCACACUCCCACCCUUACAUGGCUUUCGUUAAGUCUGUGGAUAUUGAAGGUAAUAGAAGAUACUGUGGAGGCUUCCUGGUUCAAGAUGACUUUGUGCUGACGGCUGCUCACUGCAGAAACAGCUCUCUCCAUAGGUCAAUGACAGUCACACUGGGGGCCCACAACAUCAAGGCUAAGGAGGAGACACAGCAGAUCAUCCCUGUGGCAAAAGCCAUUCCCCAUCCAGACUAUAAUGAUACUGACCUCUCCAAUGAUAUCAUGCUGUUAAAGCUGGAGAGUAAGGCCAAGAGAACUAAAGCUGUGAGGCCCCUCAAGUUGCCCAGGCCCAAUGCUCAGGUGAGGCCAGGGGAUGUGUGCAGAGUGGCUGGAUGGGGGAUAAGGUCCUUCGAUGACACUAAAGGAUCUGCCCGCUUACAAGAGGCUGAACUGAUCAUCCAGAAGGAUGAGGAAUGCAAAAAAUACUUCCAUAUCUAUUUCAAGAAGAUGGAGAUUUGUGCUGGAGACCCAAAGAAAAUACAGGCUACUUCCAAGGGUGACUCUGGGGGCCCCCUUGUGUGUAAAAACAAAGCUUAUGGAGUUGUAUCCUCUGGGUCAAAUAAGACAAUCUCCUCAGGAGUCUUCAUUAAGGUUGUGUACUUCCUGCCGUGGAUAAGAAGGAACAUGAAGCGGCUCUAA